AUGACAGCCUUCCACUGGCAGACAGUCUUGGGACUCACUUCUGUGUUCUGUGCUGCAACAGCGCAGGCGCAGACGCAGACCCCAACGCCCUCUCUAAGCUCCGCUCAGCCCCAAUUCACCGUCCCUGAGGCUGCAGGCGAAGCUCCCGCUGUGUUGCCCAAUAUCAAAGAUCCACAGGCGGUUGAUGCGCAGAGUGUCUGCCCUGGGUAUAUUGCCAAAGAUGUCCACAAGUCAGGAUCCGGGCUGACGGCCUCCCUUGCCCUGGCUGGCCCGGCAUGUAAUGUGUACGGAACUGACAUUACUGCCUUGAACCUCACUGUUGAAUACCAGACUGCCGACCGACUGCAUGUUGAGAUUGUGCCGACUUAUCUUGGAAAAUCUAACAUGACCCAGUACAUCUUGCCGGCAAGUAUUGUGUCAAAACCCACGCAGCAGGCCAAUGGGUCGUCUGAUCUAGACUUCUCCUGGACCAACAACCCUAGCUUUGCGUUCAACGUGACGAGGAAAUCAACUGGGGAUGUUCUAUUCUCGACAGAGGGUAAGAAACUGGUGUUUGAGAACCAAUUUAUUGAGUUUUCCAGUGUCUUGCCCGAGAACUACAACCUCUACGGUCUGGGUGAGACAAUCAACUCGCUGAGAGUUCCAAAUAACUUCACCAAGACCUUUUACGCAGCAGAUGCUCUUGACGCAGUGGAUCUCAACCUGUACGGCUCGCACCCCUUCUACCUGGAGACUCGGUACUUUGAGCAGAGCGCAGACGGAAAGCUGUCUCUGGUGACCAACAAUGAGACAGAGACAUCUCCCACUGGAAAAUAUACCUCCUACUCCCACGGAGUGUACUUCCGCAAUGCACACGGACAGGAUGUCUUAAUGCGACCAAACAAUAUCACAUGGAGAUCUAUUGGUGGAAGUAUUGAUCUUUACUUCUUUUCUGGUCCUUCCCAGCCUGAGGUUACUACUCAAUAUCUCAAUGUGGUUGGUCUUCCUGUCAUGCAGCAAUUCUGGACCCUUGGUUUCCAUCAAUGCCGUUGGGGAUAUAAAAACUGGACCCAGAUGCAAGAGGUUGUGGACAACCAUGCAAAGUUUGGAAUCCCACUUGAGACUAUCUGGAACGAUAUCGACUACAUGAACCGCUACCGCGACUUUGAACUUGACCCAGUUAACUUCAACCUCGCAGAUGCCACAGCCUUCCUGAAACGUCUCCAUGAUAGUGGCCGACACUAUGUCCCAAUUAUCGAUUCCGCCAUUUAUAUUCCCAAUCCCAGUAACCCGGAUGACGCUUAUGCGGUGUUCGAACGCGGCAACGCCACGGGUUCGUUCUUGAAAAACCCCGACGGAAGCUUGUAUAUUGGUGAUGUGUGGCCUGGAUAUACUGUCUUUCCGGAUUGGGUGGCUCCCGGCACAGAGCAGUGGUGGAUAGAGGAAUUCGUUGAAUUUCAUAAACAGUUUUCCUUUGACGGAGCAUGGAUUGAUAUGAGCGAGAUUUCCUCCUUCUGCACUGGUAGCUGUGGAAGCAAGAAUCUCACUCUUCAACCGGUCCAUCCCCCAUUCGCGCUUCCUGGUGAGCCCAAAGCCCAGGUUGUUAUGUAUCCUGAAGGCUUCAGUAUCACCAAUACCACUGAGGCAGCCUCAGCCUCAGCGGUGAUUUCGUCGUCCAUGAGUGCCUACCCAACCGCCUCCACCUCAACAUCAUACCUCCGCACCACUCCUACUCCCGGGGUUCGCGACGUCAACUACCCCCCCUACACCAUCAAUAACAUACAGGGAGCACUUGGAAGAAACGCAAUCUCCCCUAAUGCUACCCAUGCUGAUGGCACUCUGGAGUAUGAGCUACAUAAUGUCUGGGGUCAUAGUAUCCUAAAGGCAACCUACAAGGCUCUCUCUGCUGUGUUCCCCAAGGCCCGUCCCUUUAUUAUUGGCCGAUCAACAUUUGCCGGUUCUGGCGCUGUUGCAGGCCACUGGGGUGGUGAUAACUUCUCCCUCUGGUCCUACAUGUUUUAUUCAAUCCCACAAGCACUCCAGAUGCAGUUGCUUGGUAUUCCCAUGUUUGGCGUUGAUACCUGUGGUUUUGCUGGUAAUACUGACAUGGAACUUUGCAGCCGUUGGAUGCAGCUAAGUGCCUUCUUCCCAUUCUACCGCAACCAUAAUAUUCUUGCUGCCAUCCCCCAGGAAGCCUAUAACUGGGCUGGUGUUAUAGACGCCAGUAAGACUGCGAUGGCAGUUCGCUACCAGCUCCUGAACUAUAUGUAUACACUGUUCUACCGUGCCCAUGAGCAAGGACAUACUGUUAUGAGAGCCCUGGCUUGGGAGUUCCCCAAUGACCCGACUCUGGCUGCGGCGGACCGCCAGUUUAUGCUAGGUUCUUCUAUCCUAGUUACCCCUGUCCUUGAGCCCAAUGUGUCAACAGUUAAGGGUGUUUUCCCUGGCUUAAUUGAAGGUACUGAGAAGUGGUAUGACUGGUUCAACAACACUGCCGUGCCCGUGCCCUCAGAGAAGAACACCACUAUUACCGCCCCUCUGGGUCAUAUCCCAGUGUAUGCUACUGGUGAGCUGUAUCUUGACGAUGGUGUUAGUGUUGCGCCCACCGAGACUCUAAUGAUAAAUUUCGCCGUCUCGAACAGUACGCUUAAGGCUGCCAUCAAGCAGGGUGGAUGGGUUGACCAGAACACCCUACGCAAUGUCACGAUUUGGGGUGUUGAGAAGCAUGCCGACGUCAAGUUCAACGGCAAGAAGAUCAGCCCCAGAAAUGUUCAGUUCGACAAGAAGAAGAGCACCUUGAUCGUUAGUGGCUUAAACGCGACUGCUUGGACUGGAAGCUCCUGGAUCUUGGAAUGGUAGUUGGUGUGAAGACCUAUUGUUGAUAUACUGAGUUAUUUAUUCUUUUUGUUCUUUUGGUGUGUGUCUUACAAACCCACUGCCACCAAUUUUGUAUUUACUGAUCGCCACCUAGUGGCUAUCCAUCUUUUCUUUCUCUCUUUCAGCUGAUAGAGUUUCGUAUUAUCCUACCAAUACGAUUUAUUUAUUUCGAUUCAGAGGUGUCACGGUUAGAGUAAAGCAUUAGGCGAAGCUGGGAUAUAAUAUCAGAGAACAAGUUGAG